AAGACAAAAGCUUUUUUGAGCUUUGGAUCACUCACACUACUUAUGGAGUCUCUUCAAUUUUCGGGCCGUUUCUCGGUUAAUAGAGUUCAGUGUACUCAGAACCGGACGACGAGUCGAACAAGUAGGGCUGUGUGUCGUUCUGCGUUCACUGGAACCACCAAUUCAGCUUCUCUCUCUUCUAAGAGUACCUCCACGAGGGAGAUAUGGAGUUGGGUGAAAUCGAAGACAAUUGGCCAUGGAAGAUACAGAAGGAGCCAAGUGAGAGCGGAGAUGUUUGGUCAAUUGAGUAGUGGACUCGAGGCUGCUUGGACAAAACUCAAAGGAGAAGAUGUCAUGACGAAGGAGAAUAUUGCUGAGCCAAUGAAAGACAUCAGAAGAGCUCUCCUUGAAGCAGAUGUGAGCCUCCCUGUUGUUAGAAGGUUCGUUCAGUCUGUAAGUGACCAAGCCGUUGGGAUGGGUGUCAUUCGAGGAGUCAAACCAGAUCAGCAGCUGGUCAAGAUUGUACAUGAUGAGCUAGUGAAGGUGAUGGGUGGAGAAGUAUCUGAGCUCCAGUUUGCUAAGUCAGGUCCUACAGUAAUAUUGCUUGCUGGUCUCCAAGGAGUUGGGAAGACAACUGUUGCCGCUAAACUCGCUUAUAACUUAAAGAAGCAAGGAAAAACUUGCAUGCUUAUUGCUGGAGAUGUGUACAGACCUGCUGCCAUUGAUCAACUUGUCAUUUUAGGUGAAAAGAUUGGUGUGCCGGUGUAUACAGCAGGGACUGAAGCAAAACCUGCAGAUAUAGCUAAGCAAGGUCUAAAAGAAGCUAAAAUGAAUAAUGUUGAUGUAGUCAUCAUGGAUACUGCAGGGAGGCUUCAGGUAGAUAAAGAGAUGAUGGAUGAGUUAAAAGACGUGAAGAGGUUUCUGAACCCAACAGAAACGUUGCUAGUUGUUGAUGCCAUGACUGGACAAGAAGCUGCAUCAUUGGUGAGUGCGUUCAGUGUUGAGAUAGGAAUCACAGGAGCUAUAUUGACAAAGCUAGACGGUGAUUCAAGAGGUGGUGCUGCUUUGAGUGUCAAGGAGGUAUCUGGAAAACCAAUAAAACUGGUGGGACGUGGAGAGCGUAUGGAGGAUCUUGAGCCCUUUUAUCCCAAUAGAAUGGCUGGGAGGAUUCUAGGAAUGGGAGAUGUGCUUUCGUUUGUUGAGAAGGCACAAGAAGUUAUGCGUCAAGAGGAUGCGGAGGAUCUACAGAAGAAGAUAAUGAGUGAGAAGUUCGACUUCAACGAUUUGCUGAAGCAGACACGUGCUGUUGCCAAGAUAGGUUCGGUGUCACGUGUUCUUGGGAUGAUUCCUGGGAUGGGGAAAGUGAGUCCUGCUCAGAUACGUGAAGCUGAGAAGAGUCUUGUCAUCAUGGAAGCAAUGAUCGAAGCCAUGACUCCUGAGGAAAAGGAGAAGCCAGAGUUACUAGCUGAGUCUCCAGAGAGAAGGAAAAGAAUUGCUAAAGAUUCAGGAAAGACAGAACAACAGGUGAGCCAGCUUGUAGCGCAGAUAUUUCAAAUGAGAGUGAAGAUGAAGAACUUGAUGGGAGCAAUGGAAGGAGGAGCGAAUCCUGCGUUCACUGAUCUCGCUGACGCAAUGAAAGCUGAACAAAAGGGUCUACCUGGAACCGCAAGGAGGAAGAAGAAGGCUGAAUCAAGAAAGAAGUUUGUGGAGUCUGCAUCAAACAAGCCAGGUCCUCGUGGGUUUGGCUCUGGCAACUAAAACAGCCUGUUUCAGUCUUUGGUACACUUGAAAGUCAAGAAUCCUAACUUGGUCAAUCUCAAAGAUAGAUUCAUUUUUGUAAUUUAAUGAAAUAUGGGAAAAGAUUUGUUGAACUAUCAUAAAUUUCAUAAUCAAU